CAGCGCGCUGACAAGGGAACACACGGCCAGAGCCAGAAAGAGACCAUUGUGCACGAUCACUAUCGCAUGUUUUCAGCGUCUGCUCUGUGGACAACAGUGUGACGUAAAAUGAAAAGUUUCUGGAACUUUUGGCAUCGUUUCCUCAAGGUUUAGCCCAAAACCCCGGACAAGUGGUGUCUCAUUCGUCUAUAAAUAACUCUGCGGGGAGCGCACUAUGAGGUCAGUGUGCUGUGGUCCAUCUCACUGAAGCUUUCUCUGCAAACAGGUGGAUUUCGGAUAUUCCGAGAAGGUAUCUGAGGCCUCAGCAUGCCAGUCCCCCCUCCUCCCCCUCCGCCUCCCCUGGCUCCCCCUCCACCACCGCCGCCCAGCACUGCCCUGCCACAGUGUCCGCUGGAGCCUCCUAAGCUCCAGUCUGGUGGAGCAGGUGGAAGGAAUGCUCUGCUGGCCGACAUCCAGAACGGAGCCAGACUCAAGAAAGUCACACAAGUCAACGACCGCAGUUCCCCCGACGUUGAUAAGCCUAAGGCUAGCCCUGGAGAUGUAUCCAGCAGUGUUGGUGCUUCACAGGGCUCAUCAGGAGGCCUGACACCCACGGGACCCUCUCUGGGUGGGCUCUUUGCUGGAGGGUUCCCCACUCUCAGGCCUGUAGGACAAGCAGGCAAGACCCCAGUGUCCCGAUCGAGCUCCUCAGCCUCCGUGAAGCCCCUGUGGAACCCACCCCCGCCAGCAGACACGAGCAGCAUCCCUGAGCCUCAGUGGACGGCGGAGCUCCGAAGCUCCAUCCACCGUCCUCUCGCUCCCUCAUCCUCUGCUCCUUCCUCCCCCUCUCACAGCUGCAAGCGGCCACCUUCUUUCCACACUUCCUCUCCCCACCCGCCUCCACCCGCCCCUCCCUCUGCUCCUCCCCCGCCUCCCCCACCCCAAGCCUUCCAGGACCGACCCGCCAACAAGCAUCCGCCUCUCCCCUCCUGCCCUCCCCCUCCUCCUCCAUCCCAGGUCACCAAGCCCACCUGGCUCCCCAUCCAGCACUGCUACACCACCAUCUCCCAGCCCUCUACUCCUCCUCCUCUUCCUCCACCUUACCAACCUCCCUCUGCAGGGGAUCGCUCCUCAGGGUGCUUCUACCCGCCAUCCCCAGUCCACUCGGAACCUUCUAGGUUCCCCAUCCUGCGGGACAGCCCGCUGGGACCUCCUCCCCCACCUCCUCCCCCCCCUCUCCCCUCUUCUUACACCCCCAGCUGCCCAUCCACUCUCCCCCCUCCACCACCCAAAGUGGCCGCAGUGCCCUCCCCAGCCAUGCGCUCUCUGCCUCCCUCGUACCCCUGCAACGCUCCGACCCGCCGGCCGCCUGCUGUGCCCAGAAGUGCAGGUGUGGGUCGGCUGGCUCCUCCUCCAGCUCCCCCGGCACGUUCCCCCUCUACCGAGCUGUCCAUCCGCAUUCCUCCCCCUCCUCUGCCGCCCCCCCUGCCUCCAUCAAGUCUCAGGAAUGGACACCUGCACAGCCUGGCAGAUGAUUUUGAAUCCAAGUUCCAGUUCCACUCCGUAGAGGACUUCCCCCCUCCCGAUGAAUUCAAGCCUUUCCCUCGGAUUUACCCCAGCAAAGAAAACAGAGUGAACCCCAAACCACCUGGGAUCAGGACACACCUCAGAUGAGUGAAGGCCGCGCCCUGAUCUUCACCCCCACACACAUAUCAGGCAGUUAUCCUCCUCCUCCUCAUGACAAUAACAUAACUGUCAUGGACUUAUUUGGUUGCAGGCUGUGUGUGUGUGUUUGUGUUUAUUGUGUGUGUGUGUGUGUGUGUGUGUGUGUGUGUGUGUGUGUGUGUGUGUGUGUAUAUAUGUAAGUGUCAAACAGGGUCCCGCCUUAUUCUGACUAUGUGACCUCUGACCUUUUCCAGUGUGGAAUGUUUUGAAUGUGUGAGGAGGAGGGCUCUCCCUACUCACACUCUCCUCAUAAGUUACAUACAGACUCUGCACACACGCUCCAGAGACAGUGUCUUCCAGCAGCUGCAUUUAGCAGUGACUCUUUACAUGUUCUGAAAGCAUUUAAGUAUCUACAAUCAGAUUAUAAUAUUUGAUUGCAUGUGAGGAUUUGUCCCUUUAUACAGUAGCACUUGUAAACCUUCUUUAACACACGGAUAGUAAAGCUCUUUUAUAUAUAUAUACACACAAACUGCGCGACAGCAACAACUAGUGCACAAGAAGAGGCAUCUAAGGGCUUGUAUUUAAAUGUUUGACGACAUGCUCCAAACAAUAUUCUCUGUACACAUUUACAAAAGUGUUUGAGCAGAACAAUCCUCUCAAGAUGUCAUCGUUUUUGGAAUUCAAGCAGGAGACUUAAACUCAAUGUGAGGUGCAGGAGCAGGUGACAACUUCAACGUGCUAGUUCAUAAAUCUGUGUACAUCGUGUACAGUUCUCUCCCUUGUGUUUAUCAUAAGUAACAAAUGCAUCCUUUAAAAAGUGUAGAAGAGAAUUGUAUAAUUAUGUGAAUGCAUCUAUUUUAAGUUACACUGUUAUGAAUAGAUAAUGAAUGAGGUGUAGGGUUUUCUUUCUCCCUGUAUUAACCGACACUAACACCUGUGAAGACAGUGCCACCUGCUGGUUCAAUGUGUAAAGUCUUACAAGGUGUGACCACCAAAUAAACCACAAUAUUUUGUUUUAAAAA